CACCUCCUUCCUGCCCGCCCUGCUCCGCGCAAGCAAAUAGGCUCACUCACUUCCGGGGAUCGGGGGAAAAGGAGUGCAGAUGACGUGGUGCCGAGGGUGGGCUUCGGCGGCCGCGGGUACAGCGCUGGGUCGGGUGUCGCCCCUUAAGAGUGAAAACACCUUAUCGCCUAACUCUGGAAAUGGGGUGUUGACCCUGAUGAUCUAACGCCCAUGUUGAAUUUGGAAGGAAAAGUACAGAUUUGACAAGAUCGAAGCUGCAGGAGAAUGGACAGUGAAGUACAGAGAGAUGGAAGGAUCUUGGAUUUGAUAGAUGAUGCCUGGCGAGAAGAUAAGUUGCCUUACGAGGAUGUUGCAAUACCACUGAAUGAGCUUCCUGAACCUGAACAGGACAACGGCGGCACCACAGAGUCCGUUAAAGAACAGGAGAUGAAGUGGACCGACCUGGCCCUGCAGUACCUGCACGAGAACGUCCCCCCCGUGGGAAACUGACACCUGGCUCCCUUCUCUGGAUGAAUUUUUUUUAAAAUACAUAGAUACUGAAGGUUUUCUUUUAGUCUCCUAAUUCAGAUCUUUUAGUGAUAGGUCAGCACUCAAAAAUGUACACCCACUUAGUUUGUGGCAGCAAAGUGCAAUGUGCAAAUACUCACCAGAAUGAGAAACUGGUUGCGAUUUCUCAGGAAUGCAGAAUAUUUGGCUCUUUGAACCUAAAGUUCUUUAUUCCCAAGCUUGUGUUUGAACAUAUUUGGUUAAAGGUUUGCCUUUAACUCUAACUUUGCUUUACUUACCAGAGUUUAACACUCCCCAGCUGCUUAUAUGUGUCCUGUGACAGGCGAUGGAAGGUAUGACAGGGAGGGCUUAGAAAGAGGAAGCCAACACAAGGAGAAUCGCUGGCUUCUCCUGCACCCCCUAGGAGAAGCAGUCUGAGUGGGUGUGUGGGAAGCCUGGAAGCGUAAUAGGUAUUUGGAAGCACAUUCACUGACUGCUGGGGUUCCUGAGACUCCCCGUGAUGUUUUCAAACUUUGGAUACAUUAAUAAAUUAAAGAGUAUCUGUUAGUA